ACUGUUCUGAGGAGACGAGGAAGCAGGGAAACAUUUAAAGACAAGAAAUCCUCAAGUCAGGAGGACAGUGCAGACCUCAGGUGCCAGCUCCAGUUUUCCAAGGAGGAGUCCAGCCUGAUGAGGAAAAAGAUGGCAAAGCUUGGCCGGGAGAAGGAUGAACUGGAGCAGGAGCUGCAAAAGUACAAGACAGUUUAUGGGGAUGUGGACAGUCCCCUUCCUCUGGCUGAAUGCUCUGGCGGAGGCCCUCACACCACUCGAGAGGCUGAGCUCCGAUUACGGCUCAAGCUGGUGGAGGAGGAGGCCAACAUCCUGGGCAGAAAGAUUGUGGAGCUGGAGGUUGAGAACCGCAGCCUGAGGGCAGAAAACGACGACAUCCGGUGUCAGUAUGAAAGGGACUUCUUUGGGCGAGAGCCGUUCUCCAGCAUGCCCUCGUCGCCGUAUGGUGGCGACGCGCUGGACUCGGCCAGUGAGCUACGUCGCCAUCUCCAGUUCGUGGAGGAGGAGGCUGAGCUUCUGCGCCGCUCCAUCUCAGAGAUCGAGGACCACAACAGGCAGCUUACGUCUGAACUCAAUCGCUUCAAAUUCGGCCCCAGCAGCAGCUCUGGGCCCAUCGCUGAGGAAGGUGGCGAAGGAAUACUGUUUAAACCCGGUAAUGGUGGCAACGGGAAUGGUUCCAGUAGCGGGAUGAUGAUGGAGGAGCUAAAGUCAGCCAGGAUGCAGAUCAAUGAGCUGAGUGGAAAGGUAAUGAAGCUGCAGUACGAGAACCGUGUCCUCAUGUCAAAUGUCCAGCGCUGUGACCUGGCCGCACACAUCGGCCUACGCACCGGCAGCCCUCGAGACAGCGAUGCAGAGAGCGAUGCAGGGCGGCGAGAGGCCGCUGACGAUGAAGAGACGGGGCGACUUCUUCUCCUCCAUCCCAAACGAGAGGGCCCUAUUGGGGGUGAGAGUGACUCUGAAGACAUGUUUGAGAAGACAACGACCACCUCAGGGUUCGGAAGCAUCAAACCCUCAGAUGGCAGCGAGCUCAGUGCCACGGAACUGGCCAACCGCAGGAGGGAAGAGCGGGAGUCGUUCGGUAACGUGAAACGAGAGGCGGAUCGGCUCGGCAAGACGGUCGACCGACUCAUCACGGACACGGACAGUUUGAUCUUCGAGGGCAGGCUGCUGGUGACGACAGGGGAGAGCCUGGAGGGAGGGGCGGUGUCAGGAUCCAAACCUGAUACGCAGGUCCUGGACACCAUCAACACCCGCAUGAAGGCGUUCCGCACCGAGCUGCACAUCUUCAUGGAGAAGUUGGACCAUGUCGGAGAGGGUCUGAGAGAAAGGACAGACGAUCUGUCACCGAUGCCAAACCUCACAGAGUCCAGCAGCUUCCUGUCCACGGUCACCUCCAUGUCCCGUGACUCUCCCAUCGGCACCUUUGGAAGAGACCUGGUGACAGACUUCCAG